AUGCACUUUAGCUAAUGUGCAUUAAAGCAUCACUAAAAACCUCCCCACGUAAGAAAUUGCUACCCAGUAGAGCCUUCCGUCCUGUGAAAUAAGCACCAUAAUGUGAAGGAAAUAUGACUAGAUCCUGCUUGCACCAGACAAGUUGGAGAGCAUGGAUUCACACAAUUCAACCAAAGAGGCUGAUAAAGUGGAGACUGAUCCUCUUGUCUAUGUUGGUAGAAAAGAAGACAUAAAAAGAUCCCAAAGGGUAACAGCCAGCGUGAAUGGUAGAGAAGUUGUUGUUUUCUACUAUGAAAAGAAAUUUUAUGCUCUGGACUCCCGAUGUUAUCAUGCAGGAGGUCCUUUACAACUUGCCGAUAUAGAGGCUAUCAAUGGACAGCUGUGCAUUAUUUGUCCCUGGCAUAAAUAUAAAAUUACCUUAGCAACAGGAGAAGGAUUGUAUCAAGCAAUUGACCCUACGGAGCCAUGAGCCACACCAAAAUGGAAAUCCAAAGGAGUAAAGCAAAGAAUUCAUAGGGUUAUUGUAGACGGUGGAAAUGUUUAUGUGACUCCUCCUGACCUAUCGGUCAGUUUUGACUCUGAUUUCUAUGCAGACAAAUACAAAAAGACUGGAGAGUCCAUUGAGAAAAAAUAAUGCAACACCUGAACAUCAGAAUUUAUGGACAAAAUGCAAACACUAACGAAUAUUCAGUGAAGGCAUCACCAUUACAGGAUGAAGAAAAAUUGUACGCAGUUAUGUAAACUAUUUUUAGAUGUUGAUAUAAAAUGAAAUGUUACUGUUAAUUUUAUUGCUCUGAAAACAUUCAGGAACUUAGAAAUGUGUAACAUCAUAAGGAAAUAUCUGUGAGAGUCUUUAAUAUGUAAAUCAGCAUUAUGGCAGUUCUUAUUUUUGUUCUUGCCUUGCACAAAAUAUAAAUGUGUGUGUAUAUUAGAUCUGUCGGUAAUGGGGGAAGUGUUAGAAACUAAGUUUCUGGAGUUAAAUCUUUUAAUACUUUAGUAGGAAAAACAUUUUACAUUAUUAUUACUCAUAAAGCAAGCUGACAAAGUUUAAGUUAAAUAUCCGUUUAAGGAUAAAACUUGUUCUUGAUUAUCAAAUGAUCUAGACUAGGAGCAGGCAGUUAUUUGGGCCCAUGGGUACAUAGGCAGUGCUAGGGAGCUCACAGGCUAGUCAGCAGACCCUGCCCCUCCUGCUAUCAAAACCCCAACAGUCUGCAGGCAAUGCACCCUGUGGCUCCUCUGUACCCAUGCCCAGUAGCACCUCCGUACA